GAGGAGGAGGAGGCGGAGAUGGGCGAUGAAGAGGGCUGGAAAAGGGCCGUGAAAGCAGCCAAGGCUGGAUCCGCGCUGAACUGCUCGGGCAGCUGCUGCGCCUCCUCCUCGCUGGCCAUGGCUGUGAAAGACCCCCUGGCAAUUGAAAGAACAAAUCUAUUGAACAUGGCUAAACUGAGUAUAAAGGGACUCAUUGAAUCUGCUCUAAGCUUUGGGCGAACUCUUGAUUCUGAUUAUCCACCUCUCCAGCAGUUUUUUGUUGUCAUGGAACACUGCCUCAAACACGGCCUGAAAGUAAAGAAAUCUUUUCUAAGUUAUAAUAAAACAAUAUGGGGCCCUCUGGAACUUGUAGAGAAAUUGUAUCCAGAAGCUGAGGAGAUUGCUGCUAGCGUUAGAGAUUUACCUGGUCUGAAGACUUCCUUAGGACGUGCUCGGGCUUGGUUACGUUUGGCACUUAUGCAGAAAAAGAUGGCUGACUAUCUCCGAUGUCUCAUCCUUCGGAAAGAUCUCCUCGGGGAAUUUUAUGAAUACCAUGCAGUGAUGAUGGAAGAAGAAGGUGCCGUCAUUGUUGGAUUGCUUGUUGGGUUAAAUGUCAUUGAUGCAAACUUGUGCAUAAAAGGAGAAGAUUUGGAUUCACAAGUUGGGGUAAUUGAUUUCUCCAUGUACCUAAAGAAUGAAGAUGACACUGAAGAUAAAGAAAGAAACGACCAUGUUGCUGCAAUAUUGGAUCAGAAGAAUUAUGUUGAAGAAUUAAACCGGCAAUUGAAUAGUACAGUCGGCAGCCUCCACACACGCGUUGAUUCACUAGAGAAGUCAAACACUAAAUUAAUCGAAGAGUUGGCAAUAGCUAAAAACAACAUCAUUAAACUACAAGAAGAAAACCAUCACUUAAGAAGUGAAAACACACUCAUUUUAAUGAAAACACAACAUCAUCUGGAGAUGAAUAAAGUAGAUGCCGAAGCAGAACUUCAGACAUAUAAACAUUCCCGACAGAGCCUGGAUGAAAUGUACAAUGAAGCACAUAGGCAGCUUCGAGAAGAAUCACAGUUAAGACAAGAUAUAGAGAAUGAAUUGAUGGUCCAGGUUGGUAUGAAGCAUGAGAUAGAACUUGCAAUGAAGUUAUUGGAGAAAGAUAUACAUGAGAAGCAAGACACUCUUAUGAAUCUGCGGCAACAGCUGGAGGAAGUCAAAGUGAUAAAUACAGAAAUGUAUCAAAAACUGCAGUUUUCAGAUGAAGCCAUGAAAGAAAAGAAUGAAAUAAUUGGUCGCCUGGAGGAUAAAACUAGUGAGAUUACCGCAACUAUGAAGCAUCUGGAACAAAGAUUGCAGCAAGCAGAGAAGGCUCACAUGGAAGCAGACAGUGAGGACAAGAAAGUUAAACAAGAUUAUAUGAAUAAAUCUGAAAGUCUUCAGAAAGAAAUUGCCCAAAAGGAAAACCAAGUGUGUCAGUUGGAGACAGAUUUGAAAAUAGAAAGAGAAUGGAGACAAACCAUGGAAGAGGACCUUAAAAAGGAAAAAGAAACGACUUGUUUUCUACAAACAGAGACUCAGCAAAUCAUUACACUUAAAAAAGAAUUCGUAAAGUUACAGGGAAAAAACAAGCAGUUGAGAAAUCUUUGUCAUGAUCAAGAAGAAGCUCUCCAAGAAUUAGCCGGCAAACUUAGCGAAUCAAAGCUUAAAAUAGAAGACAUAAAAGAAGCAAACAAAACACUUCAGGGCCUGGUCUGGUUGAAGGACAAAGAAGCUACUCACUGCAAAUUAUGUGAAAAAGAAUUUUCUCUUUCCAAGAGGAAGCAUCAUUGUAGAAACUGUGGGGAAAUUUUCUGCAAUGCCUGCUCUGACAACGAGUUGCCUUUGCCAUCUUCACCAAAGCCGGUUCGCGUCUGUGACUCCUGUCAUGCACUACUCAUACAAAGAUGUUCCUCCAAUAUGCCCUAAGUCUUCUGCAGAAGUUAUAAAACAUUCUCGCUAGGAGGAUGAGUGCUGUCGUGUUGGCUGCUUAUAUAUAUAUUACUGCAAUUCCGGCUUAAUGCCCUUAAUGUCAAAAUAAUGGAAACUACGUCUUUGUGCCAUUGUUCUUGCAAUACCAGAAUCAAAGUCUUGUUUUGUACAGUUGUGCUGAGGCAAUGAUUGAAAUGCAUCUGCUUUGCAGUUCUGUUUCUGUUAUUUUUUGUUGUCAGAGGGCUAUUCUAGUAUGUGGUGCAGGACUGACCUUGUAAUGAAAGCUUUAUGCUGAGAACAGGGGAAGCCGAGAAGCUGAAAUUGGAGCUGGAUAACGUUUACAUCUACUGCACUAUUUGUAUAGUUUGGUGUCCUCCCUGACACUUCCACUGAAAAAGCAUUGUUGCUUACGUGUGGGCAAAGUUGAAUUAGGCAAAUUAUAAACAUAUAUUUGUUCAGGUGGCAGAACUCGGUUAUUUUUUCCGGUGUUUGUACACAAGUUGGCCUCUGAUUCCAGCUUCUGGGCAACGGUUUAUGCAGCUUUAUAGUGAAUGUAGUAGGUAGGAGUUAGAGGAUCUAGUUUAGCAAGAUGGAAGGAUAUGCUUCUCAUGGGGAAAUUCAUGUUGAGGAUCCAUCUAGAACAAGGGGUCUCCAAUCUUGGCAAUUUUAAGACUUGUAGACUUCAACUCCCAGAAUUCUUCAGCCAGCAAAGCUGCCUGAGGAAUUCUGGGAGUUGAAGUCUACAAGUCUUAAAGUUGCCAAGGUUGGAGAUCCCUGAUCUAGAACAGACUGCUUAGGGCUGAAUGAUUUCCAUUUGUAGGUUCAGAUGAGAAAGGUUAGGGAGAGAAGGGUCUCUUAUCGUGUUAAACCUCUGGAAUCAAAAUCCAUGGUUAACUUCCCCAACUGUUGCUUAACGCAUUGUAAGCCGCCCUGAGUCUCCAGAGAAGGGUGGCAUAUAAAUCAAAUUUAAAAAAACCAAAACUGGUUAACAUGCAGCAUUUACAAUAGUUGCAAAAUAAUAUCAAGGAAGAGUAGUAGGCACACUUGAGAGAUGUCUCUUUCCUACACCAUGGUUGUCAGACAAGCAAUGCCACUUUAUAAAAAGAUUGGCAGAGUAGCAACUUUAGAUGAGUUCUCCAUCUAUUGUAUAAGAUUGGUUGGGGUAGACUUGCGAAAAGAAUGUAUCUUAAAAAUUGUCUCCAAAAACUCAUUUUAGAGACAAGCCUAGCUGGAUUUUUUGUAUAGAUAGAGCUUUUAUACUUACGCACAAACUAUUUGCACUUCUUUUUAAUGUAAAAAGUUAUUCAAAAUGAUCUAUAAGGAAUAUAAAUUACAAAAUAGCCAAUUGCCAAAUGAAUUGUUAACAGAACAGGCCAAGAUAGGGUUGCUUUUAUUUGUCUUGUAGGAAAGUGAAGAUUCUUUGUUUAAAUCAACUUUUUGGAAAACCACUGUUAUGUAAUUAACAAUUUUACUUGAAAAAUGGAGGGUGUAAUUUUAAAAAAUGGUAGUCUUGUUGUAACGGUGGGUUGUUUCUAAUAGAUGUUGAGAACAGUUUUUAACGUGAAAGCCUUGCCUAUUGAAAAGCUACAAUGCGUUUUUCCAUUGGAUUGAUCUAUUCUAAACCAACCACCCCUUUUUGAAUCUUCCUCUUUUUGAUUCCUCUUUCACAACUGGGUGCCUUCCAGAUGUAUUAAAAAAAUAUGGAGUUGCAAUAUAAGAUCAGUACAGGAUCCAUGAAAGGCAAAUAUAACUACUGAGGUCUAUAAAAUUUGGUGCAGUGAUGUGCUGUUCUGUAAUUUUAAUUAGUUUUCAGUAUUCAAGGGAUACUAUCUAAAACAUAGAUAACUUUUUAUAGGUUUGAGAUAGUACAAGAAAUUACUGGGGAACUCCCUGUCUAUAAAAAGCUGUUGGGAUAGAACCAGGCAACCACAUGAAUUGAUGAGUUCUCAGUUAUGAGAGACUGGAUUCUUAGUACUGGCUGGGGAAUUCUGGGAGUUGAAGGCCACACAUCCUAGCUGCUGAAGCUGAGAAAUUCUACUUUACUAUGAGGAGGACUCUUAAGGGAGAAAGGUAGUUUCCAACUUGAUAAUUCUGAAAUUCUUGUAUCAAAAUGUCAAAGUAAGCCUUAACUACCAUACAACUGAUUUUUAAAAUAAAUGUUCUAAUAAUUACAAGCUCAUGAGUUAUUAACUUUAACACAUGAUCGUUUAUUAUUCUCCCUCUCCCCAUCAGCUGUGGGAUGGUUGAACUUUAUUGCUUAAUCAGCAGGGCUGUGAAGUGAUUCAAUUCCCAAAUAAUGCUUUGGACAUGACACUUGUCACUAACAGUUCUUUAAGUAUGUUCUUACAUGGGUUUGCAAGAAAGGUACAAUUCUGAGAAAAGACACAUAUAUACUUAAUAAUUGCAGACAGGCUCUGAAAUAUUUGGGGAACUGAUUCCAAAUGAGUAAUUUUAUUGGCUGUAAAAUCAGCUCCUCUUCAAUUUCAGGUGAUACAUUUGAUCAAAACCAUCCAGCCUUUGAAGAAAUAUGAGCUUAGAAUCUUCAUCAAAUUCCAUUUCAUUAUCCAUUUCUUAUGUACAAACAUUGUCUAAGAACAAGCUGUUAAUUUCUGUGGUGGAAAUACACCAAGAUUUUAAAUUGACUGCAUAUUUUGUAAUAUUUUGAAAGGUUUUUUAAUUUUUUUUUUAAAAAAGCACAGCUUCAAGGUUGACUACUACAGCUUCUCAAUCCAAUAUCUGGAAAUCCUUAAAGAUUCCAAGAGUCCUUAAAAGACAUCAAAAAGACAUGCAUUCUGGGUCUAGACUUACAGAGGGGAACAGAAUUUCUUACUGGUGUUUAAGCUUAGCCUUUGGAAAAGAAUGUUAUUUAUACCACAUUCUCAACUGUCCUUUACAGGUAGUUGUUUUAGACUUUCUAGGCUUAAUGCCAAGUCAUCAAGGUUUCUGGAAAGGAGGCCUAGCAACCUUUUCUUCCCUUAAAGAAUUGCUUGGAGGGUGUCAUUCACUCACCAUCACACAUACUAUUGUGCCAUACAUGAUGCUCUGAAUUAAUAUCGCCCUUUCUUGUAAUUUACUCCAAUUGUAUCGUGGAAUGUAUUAUACUACGGUUAUCAGCUACUAAAUUCUUAGAAAUCUCAAAAGAAAGUAGUGUUCGGUCACAAUUGGUGAAAUGGGUAACUAUAUAAUUAUAUCUAAUAAUUCUGAUACUGUUCCAUGUCAGAAAGUUUUUGUCUUUUAGCAUUUUACUUUAUUAUGCGUUUGAUGUUUGGCAUUUUACAUGAAAUUUUGGUCAAUGACCAUAAAUAAAAUUUGAUUAAUUUAAAAUACAA